UGGCGCGCAGCUCGGCCUGCGCAAGCGCGCUGACAGCAGGGCGCUGGGUGGACUCGGUGAGGUGAUCAUUUUGGCACCUUUUGCCAAGGCUCCUCCUCCCUGUCUCCUGCGGGGGGCCGGAGGCGGGCCCGGGGCGGGCCAUCGACAGUCCCCGCCCCCUCAACCUUACUCGGGUGCGGGCCGCAGCUUGUAGGUUCAUUGCGUGGUGGGAAGGGCCGCGGGAAGGGCACUCCAAGCAAGAGAGGGACGCGAGGCGCUGUGGCAGGAAAAAGUGACUAGCUGCCUUUCGUUGUCAACCAGGGUCGAGAACACAGCCACGCUCCCACCCGGCUGCCCACAGUCCCUCGGCGGCGAUGUCGGCCGCCGGUGCCCGAGGCCUACGGGCCACCUACCACCGGCUCCUCGAUAAAGUGGAGCUGAUGCUUCCGGAGAAACUGAGGCCGUUGUAUAACCAUCCAGCAGGUCCCAGAACAGUUUUUUUCUGGGCUCCAAUUAUGAAAUGGGGGUUGGUGUGUGCUGGAUUAGCUGAUAUGGCCAGACCUGCAGAAAAACUUAGCACAGCUCAAUCCACUGUUUUGAUGGCUACAGGGUUUAUUUGGUCAAGAUACUCACUCGUAAUUAUUCCAAAAAAUUGGAGUCUGUUUGCUGUUAAUUUCUUUGUGGGGGCAGCAGGAGCCUCUCAGCUUUUUCGCAUUUGGAGAUAUAAGCAAGAACUAAAAGCUAAAGAACACAAAUAAAAGAGUUCCUGAUCACCUGAACAAUCUAGAUGUGGAAAUAACCAUUGGGACCUAGUUUAUUAUUUGGUUAUUGAUAAGGCUAAGCUAACUGUGAGUUUGGAAGGCACAAUUAAAUAACUGUAACUAGCAGCUAGUGCUUGAUUCAGCAACAAAAUAAAGCAAACUUUUAGUAGCAGUCUCUCUUUACAUGACUUAAGGAACUUAUCUAUGGAUAUCAGUAACAUUUUUUCACCAUUUGUCCACAAUAAACGGUACUUGCCCAUGUAUA